AUGCGCCAAACCCCCGCUUCGAUAAAGCCGUUCAGCAAUGGCUCAAGGCCGAUCAAGCAUCAUGUCAAGAUACAGCUGCAGAAGAGCGUGAAGCUGGAAUGGCAUCCGAGGAAGCACAAAAUGAAUCUUGCGCAAAUGACAACGAGUUUUGGAACUUUUUGGAGGCCAUUGAAGACUUCGGCGAGCUCGAAGAGCCAGAGACCCCAGUGGCUUCGGCGCCUCCAUCAUGUGGCGAAUCUUGCUGGGGUCUUGUCAAACUAUGCGGCGCAAGCGACGGAUGUCGCUGCAUUGCGGACUCAUUCCAAGGUGUUGGAAGCCGCUAUUACACCGGGACCUGCAAGCCAUCCAACUUUGUAUUUGAUGGCCGCCGGCUCCACGAGGUUUCAGUCAAUGGCACAGAUCUCGUUCACGUGA